AUUAUGGCAGGCAAGCCAACAAUAUUGGGAUUUGUUCUAUAUGUUCAUUUCUUUCACUGUCUGCCAACAGUAUAUGGGUUUCUACAGACCAUGAUGAAAUUGAGAAGGUUGCAAAGCAGUUUGGUGCUCAAGUUCAUCGCAGAAGCCCCGAAGUGUCUCAAGACUCCUCAACUUCUCUGGAAGCUAUCAGAGAGUUUCUUAAUCAUCAUCAUGAGGUUGAUAUUGUAGGAAAUAUUCAAGCAACCUCUCCCUGUUUACAUCCCAGUGAUCUUAUAAAAGUGGCAGAUCUGAUCCAGAAGGAGGGGUUUGAUUCUGUCUUCUCUGUUGUGAGACGGCAUCAAUUUAGAUGGAGCGAGGUAAAAAAAGGAGAAAACAAAAUGACAGAGCCUCAAAACUUGAAUCCGGCAAAACGAUACCGGAGGCAAGAUUGGCCUGGGGAGCUGUAUGAAAAUGGCUCAUUUUAUUUUGCCAAGAGACAUUUGAUUGAGAAAGGCUACUUGCAGGGUGGUAAAAUGGCCUACUAUGAAAUGCGUGCAGAGCACAGUGUGGAUAUUGAUAUAGACAUUGAUUGGCCUAUUGCAGAGCAGAGAGUAUUGAGCUUUGGAUAUUUUGGCAAAGAGCCAUUAAAAGAAGUGAAGCUAUUGGUUUGCAGUAUUGAUGGAUGCCUGACCAAUGGUCGCAUUUAUGUGACGGAAGAUCGGAAGGAAAUGGUCUCCUAUGAUUAUAGAGAUGUUGUUGGUAUCGACCUAUUAAAGAAAAGAGGAAUUCAGGUUCGACUCAUCUCUGAAAGAGAUUGUUCAAAAACGCUGUCGGCCAUGCAGCUGGGAUGUAUAGCAAAAGUUAGCGCAACAAAUAAAUUACAAGUCCUGGAGGACUGGCAAAAAGACAUGGGUUUGAGCUGGAAAGAAGUCGCUUACUUAGGAAAUGAAGAGUCUGAUGUGGAGUGCCUGAAGAAAGCUGGCAUGAGUGGUGUGCCUGCUGAUGCUUGUGCCCUUGCUCAGAAGGCUGCUGGCUACAUUUGUAAAAGCAAUGGUGGCUGCGGAGCUGUCCGGGAGUUUGCAGAGCACAUAUUCCUGUUGUUAGAAAAAGUGAACUCUGUGAGAAAGCAAAUGGGAGAAGUGAGUUCAGCUGGAAAGGAAGCGAGGGGGAAAUGAAAACAGCAGGAGAGGAA